AUGUCGAAUACAAAAACCCUCAUCCUACCCUCGACCUACCCGGCCGACUUCUCACCGCCCAAGUCGAGUCCGCAUCACCGCCUGCGCCGUCGCUUCGGUGCUGCUUUGCACAUCGGAGGGUUAGUCGCUAGUUUGAUCGCCAUUGCAUUGUUUUCCGCAGCCAUCCCGAAAUGGAACGCCAACUUCUUCCACAACACCGGCCCAGCAUCCGGCGAUUGGACGGACGGGCUACCCCUGGGCCCCUUGGGUUUCGCAUUCCUCUACCAUGCGACUGUCGUGAUUCACGCUCGAAUCCGAACCCGUAGCGUCCUGCAUCCGAGCACGCAAGAGCAGAUGGUCUCGUCGUCUCGUCGCUCCGUUCUCACCCAUACGACCUUCUCAGGCCUGGUCCUGCUCAGCCUUCCACCUGCAUUGUUUCUGGCGGGCUACGGCUCCCUUUUCCGCGUCUGGCGGCCCGCCGUGCGCACCCAGUCCGGCCUCCUGGUGUGCAAUAUGCUCAACAUCUUCGCCCGCGAGUGCGAGCCUGUGCUCUAUUCCAUUGGCAAUCUCCAGAUCGGAGCCAUUGUCUUUGGCUCCUUGGUCUGGGCUAUCCAUUUCUCACUGUUGCUCGACGCCCUUCGCGGCUGGAGGCGCUACAUGCUUGUCAGGCAACUUCAGCGCCAGAAGCUCUCCCACUAUGGUGGACAUGAGACCCUUCCAAAGAAGAGGCGCUCUCAUGGACGAAGUCGUGGUGGGCACGGCAGCCGACAUAGCUCACGUCUCGGGACGGUAAGCGACGCGGGCCAACACGGCCGUCAACAAUACUGGGCUCAGGCCAGGCCGGCGUCCGGUUCCACCAGAGGAUCGAGGACCGGCGCUCUUUUCAGUACUGAUGGGACUGGAGACGAGCCUCGACAAAGCCAAACCUUGGCAGGACCGCCUCCACAAGAGUCCCAUUUCAUCCAGCCUCCGGAGCCGAGCCAUCAUGCUGUCCCUCGUCGUUGA